AGGCCAUCAGUUCGCUCUAAUCAUCGCGUCGGCUUUAUCAGCACCUUUCUGAUUGUGAUUUCCAUCGGACUGCAAUACGCUGGACCCUAUCGACGGGAGCUGUUAGCUAGACAUGGGGUUGAUCUAACCCUUCGGGAUCGCAUUCUAUCUACGGUACGAGCCCGGCUGCUAGACAUCAUGUCACUCGGCUCCCUGGAAGCAGUGCAGACAUGCAUUCUACUUGGCACAUACUACCUAUACCAUGGAACUCCUCGGUUGGCAUGGCCAGUGUGCGGCUGUGGGCUCCGCAUCGCUCAAGCGCUGCACCUCCAUCGACGGCUGCAACCCUCUGAAUCGGCUGACUUCCGGGCCCUGAAUGAAGCCCGAAAGAGAUGCUGGUGGGCCGUGUAUGAGAUCGAGACCUUUUCCGCAGCGACCUACGGGUACCCGCAUAGCAUUUACGAUGCAGAUUGCGACGUGGAACCCUUAGAUCCGUCGGCAAAGCUACAAGUUACGCAGUCUCCUGGGUCCUUCGAUCAGCCAUUGGCAUGCCAGACGACACUGCUCUCCUACAAGUACUUCAUCUCCAAGCUCUCGACUAUUACCAAGGCAACGUUGGAGUUGUACCGCAUUGGCGCGUAUGCAGGUGACAAGAGUCGACUUCCGGCGGAAAAGCUGCACAUGCCAAGUGUGAUUCAAACAGUUGCCGCUUUUGACGAUCGGCCUCGCCAAUGGGAGGCCGAACUUCGUCCUCAACUUCAAUGGCGUAAUGUAGCCCAUUGUGUUUACUACGCGUCUAUUGAGGAGAUUGACCGUGACAUUGGAGCAACGGGGCCGCGCUGGGAGAAGCACAUCUACCAACUCCAGGCUCUGACGCUCUGGCUGGCGUAUCAAAAUGCACGCAUUCUGACCCACCGGCCUCUGUUAUCGUACAAACUGAAGACCAAUCCUAAUUCUCACAGCAGCUCUGAACGGCCCGGUGCGGUCUCGGCUGACCCGUUCAACCUUUCACUGGACGCCUGUCGCGAUGCUGCGCUUAAGACAUCGGAGAUCCUGUCUCGUCCUCUUCUUGAAUUGGUCUCAGAAACCUAUGCGGCGGCAUUCGUCAGCAUCCAUACCUUCACUGCUGGCGUAACCUUGGGCAUCCUCAGCAGCAUGGAUCCUCUGGGCCCGCAAUCGGCCGAGACAAAAGCCGGGCUUCGCAGACUGAUGGGAGUGCAAGAGAAACUCCGACUGCACUCGGUAGUCGCGCAGCAGGGCUUGGCCAUUCUUCAGCGAUUAGCCAAGCUGGUCAUGGAAAAGGAGCUUGACGUGAUUCUGGAGUUAUCCGAACCAAAAGCGUUAGCACCGGUUCGAAUGAGGGAGAAGGCUACAUUGAUUGGGUCAACAAGGUCAUGCCUCCAGCCCAGGACCUGCUCCAGAUGAGGCCACGACGCACCUGUCGGACCCUGCCUGUACUCUGGGUGAAGGAGCGGUCGACUACACGGAUUCCAGUGAUAUGGUCUCUGGUGAUGGA